AUGUACACACAUACUAAUUGCGAAGAUCCCUUAAAUUUUCCCAAUUUUCUCAAAAAAUUUGAGGAAACCUUUAAGGGGAUUUUUGGCAAAGUAGUUGAUAAUAAGUUUACCGAGAAAGAAUAUAAAGAAUUUACCAAGGCCGCGAAAAAUAUUGAUAUAAAUGGUCUGAAUGACGAAAAUAUAAAAAAUCUCGAUGAAUAUUCUAAAACAUAUCUACGCAUUAAGGAAAAAUCAGAACAAAUUUAUGAGGUUUUGCUUCGAAUAGAUGGUUGCAAUCUCGACAACAAACGUUGGGCUCCUAAAUGGAACACAUUAUGCAGAAGAUAUAAAAAUCUAAUGAUGAACUCGAAAGAAGUUGCCAAGACAUUGUCUACUUAUUCCAGAAAUCACGUCAAAAAAACACUUCCAAUUUUGAAGAGUGACAAGGUUUCCAAGGCCGAAAAAGAAAACCACAUAAAGCAAAUCAUAAACGUAAGUCGCUUUUUUAUUAUACUCCUUCUACAUACUCAACUCAUCAAUACCUAUUAUCCAUACCAGUUUAUUGAAAAGAAUAAAAAAAAGGCCCAAAAAAAUUCUGAAAAUUUUGAUCAAUACAAGCUAGAUGUUUUAAAUUUCAAGGUGGAUUAUAAUCGUUGGGCUGAAUCCAAACUCACAGAAGAAAGUUUAGAAAAAAAGAAAUCGAGUUUAAAAGUUGAAAUCAAAAAAUUGAAUGAAAAUAUUUCAGUGUAUGAUGGUAAUAUUAAUAAAAUUGCCUUCACGGUUGCAAGUAUUGUCGGCAUUGGUUUCAUUGGCAUUUGUGUUGCUGGCGCAUUCCAAGUACCUCUUGCGAUUACUGUACUCAAUAAGAUUGCAUGCGGAACCACUCUAUCUAAAAUUGCAUGCGGAAUCACUCUAGCCGUGACUGCUUAUGGCUGUUCCUACGCAGCUCUUAAAACAAGAAAUUCAGCCAUCAAAAAUAAACUCAAGAAAAAACAAAAUAUACAUGACGAACAGAUUGAAAAGGCAUCUGAAUGGUCCGAACAGAUUAUAGAAUCAUUAGAGAAAUUUGUCAAUAUUGCAGAUAUUAUUUCUACAUUUUGGGAACUUAUUAAUUUAUAUUUGGAUGACUUUUUGGGAACCGAAGCGAUUUAUGGUGAUUAUUGGAACAAUCUUCCAGAAGAUGAAUAUAAACGUCAUGUAGAUCUUUGGAUUGUAUUUUCCAAUAGUUUAGAUAGGUAUGUUUCUCAAGUGACUAAAGUUAAGGUUAAGAAGAAUUGA